AUGCCAUAUUUAGGUGCCUAUUGUGAGCUCUCACGCCUCUAUGAGCGCUGUGGAACGCGGCUGUUUUCCGCUAUCCCGCUGCGCAAAUCUCGAAUCCAGUCAUCUGUUCGGAUUGACACGCGGAUCCUAGCCAUUCAUAUCCUGGGUUUGAGCCAACGUCGCAUGGGGAAAUUCACCGAUGAACGGAAGCGGGAGCUGUGGGGGCAGUUUCUCAACGUGAAUGACAAGGUCUUCAAGGCUCGAACGAAGCUUGGUCUCAAAUUUGAUGGGUCAAUCAGCACAAACGGGUAUUCCGCUACCAUCCACUUCAAGAAGCCAGGGCUCAAGUAUGGGCAUCGGGCCCGGAAGCGCAGCAAGGCCCAAAUGCGGGAAGAAGUCAAGCAGCUGUAUUUUGAGCACCACAUCGCUGAACUACGGGAGGCUCUAAACAUCGUCAGCAUUGAUCCGGGCAAGCGUGACCUCUUGUUCUGUUGA